AUGCCGCUGCAGGAGAAAGGGUCGCUGCGCCGUCGCGCUGGCAGCAGGCCAGCCCGUGAGCGUGCGGAGGCGUCGCGGCACAGCAGCAGCAGCAGCAGCAGCAGCAGCAGCAGCAGCAGCGGCAGCAGCAGCAGCAGCGAGAGCGAGUUUGCUGGGGAUAAAGAGGCCACGGGGAGCUUAGAAGGAGAAGAAUCGGAAGCAGCAGCAGCAGCAGCAGCAGCAGCAGACCUCGGAGCAGAUGGAGAUGAUGACAUAAGGCCCUGCAGCAGCUUCGAGCGGCUGCUGCUGCAGCAGCCGCCGCCGCUGCAGCAGGAGCAGCUGCCGCUGUAUCCUUUGCUGCUGAUUUGA